AUGAUGGAGAACAUCGAAUGUGGAAACGAAACAACCAUCACAGAAUUUAUUCUUUUGGGAUUUGGAAAUGUUCCCAGGCUUCAGACACCUUUCUUUCUGUUAUUUCUUUUUGUCUACAUCAUGACUGUUGCUGGAAACCUUACCAUACUUUCAUUAAUUGUAACUGACAGGCAUCUGCAAACUCCCAUGUAUUUCUUCUUAGCAAACCUGUCCUGUCUGGAAACAUGCUAUAGUUCAACUAUCCUGCCUCGAAUGCUGGCCAGUGUCUUCAGCAGAAAUAACAGGGUGACCUUCGAUGGCUGCCUCAUACAACUAUAUUGCUUUAGCUACCUGGCAACUGCAGAAUGUUAUUUGUUGGCUGUGAUGGCCUAUGAUCGAUACCUAGCCAUAUGCAAACCAUUACAUUAUGUAACUUCUAUGAAUAUCAGAACUACCAUCCAACUGGCAGCAGGGGCUUGGUUAUCCCCUGUCAUUGUCCUGGCUGUAAUCGUAGCGUUACUGUCAGGAUUGCAUUUUUGUGGCCCCAAUGAAAUUGACCAUUUCUUCUGUGAUCUUAGCCCAGUGAUCCAUCUCUCUUGUACGGACAUCAAAUGGGUCACAUUGACGAUCUUCAUAAUGGCCUCCAUAGAUACUUUCCCCCCAUUUCUACUCACUUUGACAUCAUAUGUUUUUAUCAUUACAACCAUUAUGAGGAUUCCAUCCACCAAAGGUAGGCAAAAAGCAUUUUCUACCUGCUCCUCUCAUCUUACUGUGGUGACCAUUUUUUAUGGGACCCUAAUAAUGGUGUAUGUGCUACUCAAAACUGACACCCUGAGAGAGCUAAACAAAAUAUUUUCCGUGUUUUAUACUGUGCUGACUCCUCUAGCAAAUCCCAUCAUAUACAGCUUGAGAAAUAAAGAGGUGAAAGAAUCUCUGAAAAGAUGUCUGAGGAGGAAGUCCAUAGUUUUCAUUAGAGUCUGA